AUGUGUUUCGAUCUAGAAAACACAUACAGCUGCGGCCAUUCAACAUAUCACCAGUACAAGUGCGGAAAAGGAUGCCGCUCUGCGAAAGAGUACGACAUAGUAAUACGUGUACCUUGUCAGCAUUGCCAUGAGCAAGAAGCGGCGAGCCUCGAUCAAGAGUAUGCGAAACUUAAGAGAGCUCGUGGCGCCGACGAACGAAGGAUCCGAAGGCUGAGAGCGCGCAUCCAGGAAAUGAAAGAGGAUAGGAGGAGGAUACAAGCUCAUGCACAACAGAUAGUUGAUGCAACAGGGCGGCGAGACGCCCGCAAGAGGGGCAAUACAGCAGACUUAAGACAAGACGUUCAAGCCGAAAAACGCCAGAGCGGAGACAUGGAUGCUCAGCCGAAUGUAGGGUCUGUGAUAUCAGAACUUGGCAAAGGCGUUGGGAUAGAGUUUUCAGACGGCGAAGAAGGACGCUGCAAGGGCAAGGCCAUGCUGAAGCGAGCAGCGGUUGAUGGCCAUGGGCUCCCCAACCAGGACUCGGACGAUGCAGAGAGACUGGAAGAAAUCGAGGCACAACUCAAGGCGUUGCUUAUCAGGGGCCAGAUGCUGAUGGAUGAGAGGAAGAGGAUCAAGCGAUUGGUGCAAGGGUGCGGGGAACAUGAUCCUGACGGAGCGGUGGCGGAUAGAUUCUUGGCAACCCCGGAUGAAUGCCCCGGAAGCAGCAGCUACACGCGUUCAUGGCCUAGUGAAGACGAUGCCGAAGACGGCGAAGGCUUGGCCGGGACAAUGAAGCCGAGCAGCUUGAUGCUGGGAGCACUUGGUAUAGGAGAGAGUCACGGGACCUAG